CCCAAUAAUACACACAUCAAUAACCAAACGGCAGCAGAAAUGGCAGUCCCAGCUACUGUAACAAUGCUACUCAUUGUAGCUGCUGUACUUCCGAUCGUCGUCAUUAGAACUGCCGAGGCUCGAGCUUUCUUCGUGUUCGGCGAUUCGCUGGUCGACAGUGGCAACAACAACUACCUCGCCACAACUGCUCGCGCCGAUUCCCCUCCCUACGGGGUCGACUACCCGACCCGCCGCCCCACCGGCCGCUUCUCCAACGGCCUCAACAUUCCCGACCUCAUUAGUGAGAGAAUUGGACAGUCGGAGCCUCCUCUGCCAUACCUCUCGCCGGAGCUAACCGGUCGGAGGCUCCUCAACGGCGCCAACUUCGCCUCUGCCGGGAUAGGAGUCCUCAACGACACUGGAAUCCAAUUCGUGAGCCAUGGCCUACUACCGGAAUCAUAUGCUGGAACUCUAAUUAUAUAUAAAUAAUAUCAACUCAUCUCUAAUCAAAAUGUUGGCCAGUAAUUAAUGUGACUUGUUAAUGAAUCAUGUAUGCAGAUUAACAUAAUCAGAAUGUACCAACAACUGGCCUACUUCCAGGCGUAUCAGCGAAGGAUUCGAGGCCUAAUCGGCGCUGCUCGAGCCAAGAGGGUCGUCAGUGGAGCACUGGUCCUGAUCACGGUUGGCGGUAACGACUUUGUGAACAACUACUACUUGGUGCCUUACUCUGCCAGGUCUCGCCAGUUGGCCUUGCCUGAUUACGUCAAAUACGUCAUCUCAGAGUACAAAAAAUUGCUCAAGAUUUUGUACAAGCUGGGAGGCAAGCGAGUUCUGGUGACGGGAACAGGGCCGCUAGGGUGUGCCCCGGCAGAGCGAGCAAUGCGGGGCACAAACGGAGGCUGCUCGGCAGAGCUUCAACGCGCAGCGGCACUGUUCAACCCGCAGCUCGACGAGGUGCUGAGCGAGCUGAACAGAGAGAUUGGGAGGGAUGUUUUCGUUGGUGUCAAUACUGCACAAAUGCACAACGAUUUCGUCACCAACCCCGGAGCUUUUGGGUUUGCGACGUCCAAGGUGGCAUGCUGCGGGCAAGGGCCUUACAAUGGCCUAGGACUGUGCACACCAGCUUCGAAUCUGUGCCCGAACAGGAACCUGUACGCGUUCUGGGACGCCUUCCAUCCAUCCGAGAAGGCAAACAGGAUCAUAGUUGAGCAGAUGUUCUCUGGAACCGCGGAGUAUAUGAAACCCAUGAAUCUUACCACCAUCCUGCAACUGGAUGCCAGAACGUGAUCGAUCGUCAUUUGUGAUUGGAACUGGAAAAAAAUUUGGAUGUUGUUGUUGGACGUUGGUUAAUAAAUGCAUUGUUAUUGUCUUCGUUCUGCCUUUUCUUUUUUCGCUUUGUUUUGGGAUAAUGGAGUUUCACUUGGUAAAGUUAUGGUCAAUUGGUCAUUGUACGUACAAUAUCAAGGUUUUAUUUUGGCGAGACUUCGAAUUCGAAGUUCAGCCUCUGUUGAACUGGAAUGUCAUUUUCUUAUUCAGAC